AUUUCUUUUCAUAGUUUCUCCAUUUUUCGUUCUUUUUGUAGUCAUGGAAGUUUUUAUGCUUUACAAACAAUUUGUACUUGACAGAAUCCAAAUAUGAGACAACUUUUUUAGACACUGUUGCACCAUGUACUAUUUGUUGUUUUCUGUUAUUGUUUGGAAAUAGGAUCAUUGAAGAACAAUGGAUAAGUUUCAUUUACCCUAAGAUUAUUGGUUGGAACCAAACAUAAUAGGAUGCUUAUAUUACCCUUAAGCUUAGAACAUGUUUAUUUCAAAAGCUUAUAAAUACAAGCAUAAUGCUGUAGCACAAGGGUCUUUUUCCUACGUCCCAUUGUUGGGGAUGUGUUAUACUGUUUCAAAGAAGGAUAAUUUCUUUGUUUAUUAUUAGAAAGUAAAGUACUUGCUUAUCAAUGCUGUAGAAAGAUAAUAACCUUCUCCUUUUAGGUUGCCAGCCUCCUUCAUGAUGAUGUACUGGAUGAUGCUGAUACAAGACGUGGGAUUGGCUCUCUUAACUUUGUAAUGGGAAAUAAGCUUGCAGUAUUGGCUGGAGAUUUCUUGCUUUCUAGAGCUUGUAUCACACUUGCCUCUUUAAAAAACACAGAGGUUGUAUCACUAAUAGCAAYWGCAGUGGAGCAUCUUGUUACUGGGGAGACGAUGCAAAUGAGCACAUCAGCAGAGCAGCGUAGUAGUAUGGAUUAUUAUUUGCAGAAGACAUACUACAAGACUGYAUCGCUGAUAUCAAACAGCUGCAAAUCCAUUGCCCUUCUUACUGGGCAAACUGCAGAGGUGUCUAUGUUGGCAUACGAGUACGGGAAAAAUCUGGGUUUGGCGUUCCAGUUAAUCGAUGAUGUUCUUGAUUUCACAGGCACAUCAUCAUCUCUUGGGAAGGGCGCAUUAUCUGAUAUUCGCCAUGGAAUUGUCACAGCUCCAAUAUUAUAUGCAAUGGAGGAGUUCCUAGAACUACGCUCAGUUGUUGACCAGGGAUUAGACGACCCUGCCAAUGUGGAUCUUGCUCUCGAGUAUCUUGGUAAAAGUCACGGAAUACAAAGAACAAGGGAACUAGCAGCAAAGCAUGCAAGCCUWGCGUCGGCUGCAAUUGAUUYGCUGCCGGAAAACGACGAUGAGGAUGUUCAAAGAUCAAGGCKGGCACUUGUAGAAUUGACGCRCAGAGUUAUUAAUAGAACAAAAUGAAGACGGAGAUGAAGUUGGCCAUAGUCUGAAGAAGAUCGAUCAAUAUAGAUGGAAGAUUUUGUUUCAGUAGAAUACGACACAUCCCAAUGUUUGGAUCUGAGUGUUCAUUUUCUUGUUCAAUAAAUGAUUACUGGCCAAGAAAAUCGCUAAUAGUUAUACUUGGGUAAACACAAUUGAUUUCAUAAUGUCAAAGUUUGGAAUUCUUGCAGACU